AUGUCAUUCAGUCUCACUGAAGAUGAUCAAGAUAUAGAGAUCCGUCUUCCAGAAGACUGCUCUUCCAAAACCCACACAAUUACGGAUUUCCGAUGCGAUGAAUGUGGAAAGUAUUUUUCCGCGUCUCGGUCUUUGAUCCUUCACAAAAAGAUCCAUACUGGGAUUCGUCCUUUUACAUGUCCUGUAGAAGGCUGUGGAAAGUCUUUUUACGUCAAUGCGCAGUUAGUCCGACAUUCCUUUUCUCACUCUAACAUACGCACAGAGAAAUGUCCGUUCGAACAUUGUACCUCUCCUAUCAAGCUGUUUAAGACAAAAGCGGAUGUGAAGCAGCAUAUAAAGAACUGGCAUACUUUAGAAAAGAGCGAGCAGCGCGAGCUGAAGCUCCUUCGAAAGCUGGAGAAGUAUAAAAAGUUUGCUGAGAACUAUAAAAAGCUUCGCGAGCAAAACAAAAUGCUUUCCGAUGAAUUGAGGAAGCUGAAGCAGACUUUAGAAGCUCACCAGGAGGUUUCUCUCCCUGUUUCACAGCCGGAUGAUUCUCUGCGUCGUCCCGUCCCUCCAUUUACUCAGUUUUUACGAGAGCAAUACGAGUCUUUUCGAUCGAAAGGCGUGAAACUCCCCUUUAUCGAGUGUUCGAAACGAAUCUCGAAAACGUGGCGAACCAUGUCCGAAGAAUCGAAGAAGCCUUAUUUGGAGCGCUUUCGCUUGGAAAUGGAGGAGCAGUAG